AUGACGGCCUCCAGCGACCACCCCAUCACCACUCCCCCCCGCGCUCCUUCGCCCGUCCAUGCGUUCGGUACGCUCGCCGUCCAUGCGGGAUCCCCGCACGACCCCGCCACCGGCGCCGUGAUCGAGGCCAUCUCGCUCUCCACCACCUUCGCCCAGACGGCCGUUGGCAAGCCCGUCGGCGAGUUCGAGUACUCCCGCAGCAGCAACCCCAACCGCGCCAACUUUGAGAAGAUGGUUGCUGCUCUCGAGCACGCCAAGUACGCCCUCGCCUACUCGUCCGGCAGCGCCACCACCGCCAACAUCCUCCAGUCGCUGGCCGCUGGCUCCCACGUUAUCUCCGUCUCCGACGUCUACGGCGGCACCCACAGAUACUUCACCCAGGUCGCCAAGGCCCACGGCGUCAAGGUCACCUUCACUCCCGAGAUCGAGGUGGACAUCCGCGACCACAUCACCGAUGCCACCAAGCUCGUGUGGAUCGAGACCCCCAGCAACCCGACCCUGCGCCUUGUGGAUAUCCGCGCGGUUGCGACUGCCGCCCACGAGCGUGGCAUCCUGGUCGUGGUCGACAACACCUUCCUGAGCCCCUACGUCCAGAACCCGCUCGACCAUGGUGCCGAUAUCGUUGUCCACAGUGUGACCAAGUACAUCAACGGCCACUCCGACGUUGUCAUGGGCGUUGCCGCCUUCAACAGCGACGAGCUCUAUGCCCGUCUGUCCUUCCUUCAGAACGCCAUCGGCGCUGUCCCCUCCGCCUUCGACUCGUGGCUCGCCCACCGUGGAGCCAAGACCCUCCACCUCCGCGCCCGUGAGGCUACCACCAACGCGACCGCCAUCGCCCACGCCCUUGAGGCUUCCCCUCUUGUCAUCUCGGUCAACUACCCCGGCCUCGACUCUCACCCCCACCGCGCCAUUGCUCUCAAGCAGCACCGCAACGGUAUGGGUGGUGGUAUGUUGAGCUUCCGUAUCCAGGGCGGCCACGCUGCUGCUGAAAAGUUCUGCCAGUACACCAAGAUCUUCACUCUUGCCGAGUCCCUUGGUGGUGUUGAGUCCCUCUGCGAGAUCCCCUCCAGCAUGACCCACGCUGGUAUCCCCAAGGCUCAGCGCGAGGCCGUCGGCGUCUUCGAUGACCUCGUCCGCAUCUCUUGCGGUGUUGAGGAUGCUGAGGACCUCAAGGCCGAUGUCCUCCAGGCUUUGGAGCGCGCUGUUGCGGAUGCUGCCAACGGUGUUUCCAACGGUGUCAACGGCACUCACUAA